AUGCGCUGUGGCCAGAGACUGUCCUGCCUCGGGGCCCCGCUCGUGGGUGCAGGUGGGGGGCUGCCCCAGCCGUGUCUCCGGGGCACCCCAGCUGGCGCAGGCGAGGCCACUGUGGUGACCGCCAACGGCGCCGGAAGCUCUGGGAGCCCCGUGGGGCGACCGCGUGGCCCGCGCUCCUGCGGGAGGCGCAGCUGGGCCGACCCCGAGUGCCGGGACGGGGCCUCAUCCAGGGUUGCAGCAGGCCCUCCGGACCGGGCACGCGGGGGCCCUGCUUCCCGAUGCGCGAGACGGUCAGCGCCGCGGGCAGUGCAGGCCCCUCCCGUGGUGGUUACCGCCGUGCCAGGCGGAACAGCAGGAGGGAAGGGCGCACGGGACGGGCCGCUGUGCUGUGAUGCUGUUCGCACGCUCUGCGUGGGUUUCUCGUCCGACGUGACGCCCAACCUGCAUUCUGGGACGGACCCCGGGGGCUGCGGUGUUGCGUCAGUUCCCCCGUGGUCUCCACGUCUGCUCUCGGACUACGUCUAUUUCGAGAACUCCUCCAGCAACCCGUACCUGAUCCGCAGGAUCGAGGAGCUCAACAAGACGGCCAACGGGAACGUGGAGGCCAAGGUGGUGUGUUUCUACCGCAGACGAGACAUCUCCAGCACCCUCAUCGCCCUGGCAGACAAGCACGCCACCCUGUCCGUCUGCUACAAGACCGGACCGGGGGCCGACAACGGCGAGGAAGGAGAGCUGGAGGAGGAGAUGGAGAACCCCGAGAUGGUGGACCUGCCCGAGAAGCUGAAGCACCAGCUGCGGCACCGGGAGCUGUUCCUGUCCCGGCAGUUGGAGUCGCUGCCCGCCACGCACAUCAGAGGGAAGUGCAGUGUCACCCUGCUCAACGAGACCGAGUCCCUCAAGUCCUACUUGGAGCGGGAGGAUUUCUUCUUCUAUUCUCUAGUCUACGACCCCCAGCAGAAGACCCUGCUGGCCGAUAAGGGAGAGAUCCGCGUGGGAAACCGGUACCAGGCGGACAUCACCGACCUGCUGAAGGAAGGUGAGGAGGACGGCCGCGACCAGUCCAGACUGGAGACCAAGGUGUGGGAGGCGCACAACCCGCUCAUAGACAAGCAGAUUGACCAGUUCCUGGUGGUGGCCCGCUCCGUGGGCACCUUUGCGCGAGCCCUGGACUGUAGCAGCUCUGUCCGGCAGCCCAGCCUGCACAUGAGCGCCGCGGCCGCCUCCCGGGACAUCACCUUGUUCCAUGCCAUGGACACGCUGCACAAGAGUGUGUAUGACGUCGCCAAGGCCAUCUCGGCACUGGUGCCUCAGGGCGGGCCCGUGCUCUGCAGGGACGAGAUGGAGGAGUGGUCAGCCUCCGAGGCCAGCCUGUUUGAGGAGGCCUUGGAGAAGUACGGGAAAGACUUCACAGACAUCCAGCAAGACUUUCUGCCCUGGAAGUCCCUCACCAGCAUCAUCGAGUACUACUACAUGUGGAAGACCACGGACAGAUACGUGCAGCAGAAACGCUUGAAAGCAGCUGAGGCAGAGAGCAAGCUGAAGCAAGUCUAUAUCCCCAACUAUAACAAGCCAAACCCGAACCAGAUCAGCGCCGGUAGCGUCAAGGCAGGCGUGGUGAACGGCGCGGGGGCGCCAGGCCAGAGCCCUGGGGCCGGCCGAGCCUGUGAGAGCUGCUACACCGCCCAGUCUUACCAGUGGUAUUCUUGGGGUCCCCCUAACAUGCAGUGUCGCCUCUGCGCGUCUUGCUGGACGUACUGGAAGAAGUACGGUGGCUUGAAAAUGCCCACCCGCUUAGAUGGAGAGAGGCCAGGACCAAACCGCGGCAACAUGAGCCCCCACGGCAUCCCAGCCCGGAGCAGCGGGAGCCCCAAGUUUGCCAUGAAGACGAGACAGGCCUUCUACCUGCACACCACCAAGCUGACACGCAUCGCCCGCCGCCUGUGCCGAGAGAUCCUGCGCCCGUGGCACGCCGCCCGCCACCCCUACGUGCCCAUCAAUAGUGCGGCUAUCAAGGCCGAGUGCACGGCCCGGCUGCCUGAAGCCUCCCAGAGCCCGCUGGUGCUGAAGCAGGCCGUGCGGAAGCCCCUGGAAGCCGUGCUCCGGUAUCUCGAGACCCAUCCCCGCCCCCCCAAGCCCGACCCUGUGAAGAGCGUAUCUGGUGUGCUUGGCGGGUUGACCCCUGCCAAGUCGGCCCCUGUCAUCAACAACGGCUCCCCCACCAUCCUGGGCAAGAGGAGCUACGAACAGCACAACGGCGUAGACGGCAGCAUGAAGAAGCGUCUCUUGAUGCCCAGUAGGGGUUUGGCGAACCACGGGCAGACCAGGCACAUGGGACCAAGCCGGAACCUCCUGCUCAACGGGAAGUCCUACCCCACCAAAGUGCGGCUGAUCCGGGGGGGCUCCCUGCCCCCCGUCAAGCGGCGGCGGAUGAACUGGAUUGACGCCCCUGACGAUGUCUUUUACAUGGCCACCGAGGAGACCAGGAAGGUCCGCAAGCUGCUGUCAUCCUCGGAGACCAAGCGCGCGGCCCGCAGGCCUUACAAGCCGGUUGCCCUGCGCCAGAGCCAGGCCCUGCCGCUGCGGCCGCCCCCGCCGGCCCCUGUCAACGACGAGCCCAUCGUCAUCGAGGACUAGGCGCCCCGCGGCCCCGCGAGGCCUCUGCGGCCACAGCCCCCGCCCGCCCACC